AUGAAGACUAUUUCUAUGCAAGAAAUUGCCAAGAAACUGAACAUUUCCUACAACGGUCUGUACUACUUCCUUCUGUUAGGUUCCUGGUGCUCAGAACAAGGGAGAUGUUGCGUAGCAGCUAAGGCAGGUGAGAGGCCACUGAUAUGUUCUGACUGUGGGAAAUGUUUUACCUGCAAAUCACAACUUGUUUCACAUCAGUGCAGACACAAAGGUCAGAAGCCAUUUCCAUGUUCUGAGUGUGGGAAAUGUUUUACAGAGAAAUCACAUCUUCGAAAUCACACUGGUGAAAAGCCAUUUCCAUGUUCUGAGUGCGGGAAAUGUUUCACCCGGAAAUCCCAACUUGUUAAACAUCAGCAAAGUCACACAGGUGAGACUCCAUUUCCAUGUUCUGAAAGUCACACAGGUGAGAAGCCAUUUCAAUGUUCUGAGUGUGGGAAAUGUUUUGCAGACAACUCAGCUCUCGUUAUACAUCACAGAAAUCACACAGGUGAGAAGCCAUUUCAAUGUUCUGAGUGUGAGAAAUGUUUUUGUUAG